AUGGCAACCCCUCCACCAGCAGGAGUAUACGUCCCGGUUCCAACCUUCUUUGUGUCCAAGAAAGCCGCGAACUACAACGCAACUGCUGCACCUUUGGAUCUCGAAACACAAGCUGCACAUUCCCUACAUCUCGCAAAGUCGGGGAUCACAGGCCUCGUGGUACUAGGUAGCACAGGUGAAGCCGUCCAUCUUACAAACAAGGAGCGUUUCGAGGUGCUCUCUUCGGUUCGGAAUGCAUACGACAAUGCGGGGUAUAAAAACUACCCCAUUAUUGCCGGAACGGCAGCCCAAAAUAUUGAAGAGGUCGUUGAUCAACUGAAGAGUGCAAAAGAAGCUGGCUGCCAGUGGGGAUUGUGCCUUGUGCCGGGCUACUUUGCUGGGGCGAGCACUCAAGAUGGAAUUAUCCAGUGGUUUACAGCUGUUGCCGACCAGAGUCCUAUUCCAGUUAUGAUCUAUCACUACCCAGGAGUGUCCAACAAUGUCAGAGUUGUCCCUUCUACCUACGCCACACUCUCGCAGCACCCAAAUAUCGUCGGAUGCAAGCUAUCUCACGGUGACGUUUCAUACCACGCCCAAAUCGGAGCAAGUCCCAAGAUCGACCACGAAAAAUUCCACACAUUUACUGGCCUAGGUCAGCAACUUCUACCGGUCAUUGCAUUGGGUUGUGCGGGUACUAUUGAUGGAGCUGCUGGUUUCUUCCCCAAAUCGGUCGUCCAUCUGUACGAGCUUUCGGUGAAGAACCAACCCACAGAUGAAGAGGUUAAGGAGAGGAGACUUCUGCAGUAUAAGGUUAGCUGUGUUGAAGAGCUCGUGGUAAAAUUCGGUACAGUUGGCAUCAAGGAAGCUGUCAGCAGGAUACUUGGGAUGGGCGAUCGGGAUGGGACAAGACUCCCUCUCGCAGGAGGGAUUCGAGGAGGUGAUAAAGAAUGGGAGAGCUGGAAAGAGGUUAUUGGAGAUCUACAUGCGGUCGAGAAGAGCUUGUAG